AUCGAGUCUCUCCGUUCAUCUCCGGUGGUGAUUUAUCUAUGCCGUGAAUGGUAUAUAUUGUUCACUUCCAACUUGGGUUCGCGAGAAAAAUCGUACAUUUGCAAUUUCGUGCAAUUACUAUCUCAAAGAUGGGAUUGAUCAAAUGGAUAACAUUGUGGAUUCAUUGAACAAAGCUUACGAGAAGUUUGUUCUUGCUUCAGCUAGUGUUCUUGAGUCUAAAGAGAGUGCAGGAGGGCAAAAAGCUUCUCUCACUGAUGCUGCGUUGGAGAAUUUCAAGGAGAAAUGGGAACUGUUCCGUGUGGCUUGUGAUCAAGCAGAGGAGUUUGUGGAGUCAGUGAAGCAGAGGAUUGGAUCUGAGUGUUUAGUUGAUGAGGCUACUGGUUUAACUACUGCAUCAGGUAACUCAGGAGGCCAAGCAGCGGCAGCUACUGGUGCUGCGACUAGUCUCCCGCCUAUUAGUGCAGUAAGGCUUGAACAGAUGAGUAGAGCUGUUCGAUGGCUUGUUCUUGAGCUACAACGUGGGUCUGGUGUAGCUCCUGGAUCUUUGCAGUCCUCCUCUACUGGGUUUGAUACUAGAUUCGCUGAAGACUCGGCUCAAUAGUGUGUCUGCCUACACAAACCUUUUGAACUUGGAAAUACACUACAACCGCAGCAGCUUCAUAACUCCUGAGGAAGAGUGGCCUAAUCAGUGUUAUCUUCUGUUAUUAGAUGUGACUGAACCAAGCAAGAAGCAACAAUUGGGUUUUGAUUUUAUAGGACUUUUGACUGUUACUCGUAUUCUGCAUUUAGUUCUGAAUUUCAAGUAAAGAGGCUGGUUUUUACCUUUUAGUUGUUGUUCUGAUUCUUCAUAUUGUAUGUUAUUGUUUCUCUUGUUUCAAAAAUAAAAACAAAAAUGCUAAUUUUGAUCUGAUACAUUAAGGGUUUUGUAUUAACCAUGA